AUAAUGUAGCUAUGGCAGCGCCUAGGGCAUCUUGGGACCAUGCAUACGAGAAAGGUCUUGUUGAUAUAAUGCUUGACCACAACAAUCCCAUUUAUCGAGGUCAAAAUGGGUGGACUGCUGAAGGGUGGACUAGAAUUACAAAUACAUUCAAUCAGAAAUUUCCACUAGCUCAUUUCUCCAAGCAACAAAUCCAAGAGAAGGAUAAGGAUUUAAAAGGAAAUUAUAAGGCAGUGAGAGACUCUCGGAAACAGAGUGGCACGGGAUGGGAUGAUACACUUUGCAUGAUCAUCCCUGAACCUGUAAUAUGGGAUAAACUUAUCAAGGAUAAUCUAAGGGUAAAGAAGUUCCGUUCAAAACCAUUCAUGCUCUUCAAGUCAUUGGCUACACUACAUGAAGGAAGUAUUGCUUCAGGAGACUUGAACUUUGUAUCAAUUCCGCAAGUGGAUCUCACAAGCGAUGCCAUUUCUCCUAUGGAUUCCUCUACCAAUGAUUUGAACCAUAUCUCCUCUACCAAUGUUGAUGAUGGUAUGUCCUCAUCUGAUCUACAAGGGCAAGGGGCAUCAAGAAGAGAUGAACCUGAAGCUACAACAUCUACCAACUCUGAACAAAAGGGAGCACUGCCUGUGAAAAAGAGGAAGCAAAGUCAGAUCGCUGUUGUACUUGAGGAUUACAUGGAUUUUCGGAAGAAACAAUCUGCAAAACUGGUUGACGAGUUGAAGGAACCAAAGCAAGAUGAC